AUGGAUCCCAAUCAACAUAACUCUUGGUCUAAUUUUAUACAAAAUGGUGGUAUUCUUCCUUCAAUUCCAAAUCAACAAAGCAACUCAUACAUCGGAAAUGUACCUCUUAUCUCAAAUUCACACCAUAACCCAAAUUUUCAAAACUCUCAUUUUAUCCCAAAUUCACAAAAUAAUCCACACUUUGGAAAUUACUCAUAUCAUACUCCACCUUAUCCAUAUCAAUAUCAACAACUUACAUCUCAACCAACUAACCCCACUAUUCCUCAUGUGGCUCAAAUAGGCAGUAGUGGUGUGCAAUCAAAUGAUCAAGAACAUGAAACACAACAAUUUUGCAUUCAAGGUAGCGUAGAAACUAUUAACCUUGGUGAAGAAGUUGCAUCUGCACCGGUUGCGAAAACGCCUAAACAAAGGUUCCAACAAAAAGAGGAUGAAGUUCUCAUUCAAUCAUGGCUCAACGUUUCAAAGGAUUCAAUUGUUGGGGUUGAUAAAAAAGGAGAUAGUUUUUGGAACAGGAUUGGCGAAGCUUACAACAAGCAUCGUGACACCAAUUACAAAGAGAGGAAACCGAUGGCACUUAAAGGUCGAUGGCACAAAAUUAAUCCAUCUGUUCAAAAGUUUGUUGGAUGCUACAAACAAGCUGUGUCUACACAACAAAGUGGGAGCUCCGAGAGCAAUAUCAUGCAAGCUGCAUAUAAAAUUUAUUUUCAAGAUGAAGGUGAAAAGUUUAUAUUUGAGGCUGCAUGGAGAUUAUUGAAAGAUGAACCUAAAUGGCUCGCGGGUUCAUCGGAAGCUUCUACAAAAAGAACAAAGAAUUCAGCUUCAGGAGCAUAUUCUUCAUCUUCUAAUCCACCGACACCAACGAGUAGCGGAUACAAUCCACCAUCGCCUACUUUGUCACGCCGUCCAAUCGGUCAAAAGGCAGCCAAAAGGAAAGAGAAGGAAAAGUUUGUGGAAAUGUCAACUACUCCCAAUGGUGAAAAAGUUGAGAUAGAAAGAAAAAAGGUUGAUGCAAAGAUUAAGAAGGCUGAGAGUGCGGAGGAAAGAUUGAAGAUGAAUGAUCUGCAAAUACUCUCCAAAGAUACAUCAAAUAUGGAUACGCGACAACUACAAGCUCAUGAAAUAUUGUGCGACAUGAUUAGAGAAAAAUAUGGAAUUAAUUAG